GAGUGGUGCACUCUGGGCAGGGCUGCGGCUUCUCCCAGCGCCCGGCGGACGCUCUGCUGAGAACCGCGCUGCGAGCUGAAGAUGCUGCUGCCGCCGCCCGCGUUCCGCCGCGCCCUGCUGGCCCGCCCUUGGAGGGGGGCCGGGCUGCCGUGGAAGCACACCUCCUCCCUGAAGGUGGCCAACGAGCCCAUCUUGGCAUUCACACAGGGCAGCCCUGAGCGAGAGGCCCUGCAAAAGGCCUUGAAGGCCCUGAAGGGCCAGACGGAAGCCAUCCCAUGUGUGGUGGGGGACGAGGAAGUGUGGACCCCAGACGUGCGGUACCAGCUGUCGCCCUUUAACCACGGACACAAGGUGGCCAAGUUCUGUUAUGCAGACAAGGCCCUGCUCAACAAAGCCAUCGAGGCUGCCCUGGCUGCCAGGAGAGAGUGGGACCUCAAGCCCGUGGCAGACCGCGCCCAGAUCUUUCUGAAGGCAGCUGACUUGCUGAGUGGGCCCCGCAGGGCGGAAAUCCUUGCCAAGACCAUGGUGGGACAGGGUAAGACGGUGAUCCAGGCAGAGAUUGAUGCCGCUGCCGAGCUCAUCGACUUUUUCCGGUUCAAUGCCAAGUUUGCUGUGGAGCUGGAGGGGGAGCAGCCCGUCAGCGUGCCACCCAGCACCAACAGCAUGGUGUACCGGGGGCUGGAGGGCUUUGUGGCGGCCAUCUCCCCCUUUAACUUCACGGCGAUCGGCGGCAACCUGGCGGGGGCCCCAGCCUUGAUGGGCAACGUGGUCCUGUGGAAGCCCAGCGACACGGCCAUGCUGGCCAGCUAUGCCGUCUACCGCACCCUCCGGGAGGCAGGCCUGCCCCCCAACAUCAUCCAGUUUGUGCCAGCCGAUGGGCCCGUGUUUGGGGACACCGUCACCAGCUCAGAGCACCUCUGUGGCAUCAACUUCACCGGCAGCGUGCCCACCUUCAGACACCUGUGGAAGCAGGUGGCCCAGAACCUGGACCGGUUCCGCACCUUCCCACGCCUGGCUGGAGAGUGUGGUGGGAAGAACUUCCACUUGGUUCACCGCUCGGCCGACGUGGACAGUGUGGUGAGCGGGACCCUGCGCUCGGCCUUCGAGUACGGCGGCCAGAAGUGCUCGGCCUGCUCCCGCCUCUACGUGCCCGAGUCACUGUGGCCGCAGGUCAGAGGGCGGCUGCUGGAGGAGCACGGCAGGAUCAAAGUGGGCAACCCUGCAGAGGAUUUUGGGACCUUCUUCUCUGCAGUGAUUGAUGCCAAGUCCUUUGGCCGCAUCAAGAAGUGGCUGGCGCACGCCCGCUCCUCACCCAGCCUCACCAUCCUGGCCGGGGGCCAGUGUGACGACUCCGUGGGCUACUUCGUGGAACCCUGCAUCAUCCAGAGCCAGGACCCCCAGGAGCCCAUCAUGAAGGAGGAGAUCUUCGGGCCUGUGCUGACUGCGUACGUCUACCCCGACGACAAGUUCCAGGAGACGCUGCAGCUGGUCGACAGCACUACCAGCUACGGCCUCACGGGGGCAGUGUUUGCCCAGGAUAAGGACGUGGUCCGCGAGGCCACAAAGAUGCUGCGGAAUGCUGCCGGCAACUUCUACAUCAACGACAAGUCCACUGGCUCGGUGGUGGGCCAGCAGCCCUUCGGGGGGGCCCGAGCCUCUGGAACCAAUGAUAAGCCAGGGGGCCCCCACUACAUCCUGCGCUGGACGUCACCCCAGGUCAUCAAGGAGACCCACACGCCUCUGGGUGACUGGCGCUAUGCCUGUAUGCAGUGAGCCACACUCAGCGCCCUUGCUGUCCACCUGUCUGUCCAUCCAGACAACCGACCUGACUGCACUAGCCCCACCCAGCCCCCAGCUGCUCCACUUGGCUCCUCCUGGGAUGGCAGCCUUUCAGAGCCAGGCCUGAGCCCUGCUGGCCCGCUCCCCACUGCGCGGGGUCAGGUGCUUGAGAUCCUGCUGGGGAGUUACAGGACUGCUACCCCUUUCCCUGCCCCUUAGAAUUCUAUCUGGCAGUUAUGACCCUCAUACCUGGCUGCUUUUCCAUCUGCCUUUCCCUCUCCUACACUGUGGCCUAGCAGCUCGGGAAUCUGGGGAAUGGAGCACCUCCUGGGAUCCCUUGGGGAAAAGGUUGUGGCUCUGGGGCCCUUGGCAAACCCCUCCACUAACAGAGCCUCUCCUGGCUCCUCUCUGAGGCCACUGAGUCUGCAGGGUCCAGCGUGACUGACUGGCCUGCAGGGCUGGUGAGACGUUGCUGCAGGGCAUGGGGGCACCAGCCGGGCUCACCGUCCUUGGUCAGAGCUGCUCGCCUUCCUCACUGUCUCUGCCCAGACUGGCCUGCGACAGCAGGUGCCUGUGUCCAGCCUUCUGCCUUAGUCACCGGGUGCCUUUCUCUGGGUCCUCGUCCCCUAAGGCCCACGGGGUUCUGGCUGGCUCCACGUGGUGGGGCUGAGGGUCACCAAGGAGUGGCAUGUGGAGGUCCUUCCCCUUGGGGCUGUGAUUUUGGAAAACCCUGCGAUGAGCUUUUGUUCUGUUUCGGCUCCCCCAGCUCUUGUAGUGUCGCCCGCCCUCAGCCUGUGUUGGCCUGGGGCUUGCCUGCAGGAGCUCAGGCCCCAGGUAGCACUCAGAUGGCUGUGGCCUCACCCUCCCUUCUCCCAGCCUCCCCUCACCUCCUGGCCCCCAGGCCUAUCCUUUGGGUCCCUAUCCUUUGGAUCCCGUCCAGCAGGGGUAAAGGAUGUUUCUGGUUGAAUUUUCCCUUCUUAACAUGUAAAUGACCGCAUGGAUGGGUCCCUCAGAGGCCCAUGCUUUACCUGAUGCAGCCAUUUGGUGGCCACCAGCAAAUUGUCCCCCUGAGUGGUUGGGGACCUAUAGGGGUAACUUCUGAGGAUGGUUUUUUGGGCUGCUGGCAUGGACCCUGUGGGGCCGUUUCCCAGUACUACAGUCACACCCUGUGGCCCACGGUCAGUGGGGGCAUGUUGCUGCCUGUGUGGGGCAAGGCUCUGCUGUGUUCCGGUUCUGUGCUGCCCCCCGAGGGGCCAGGGCAGGCGGCAGGGGCAGUAGGGGCUCCAGUUCAGCUGGUUCUACCCUGUGAUGACGCACUGAAAUUUGCCCUGAUGCUGCCCAAUAAAAUGCCUAUUACUUAAA